CGCCGCGCCGGGACUGACGGGCGAGCCGGCCGGACCCCCGCCCGCUCGCCCGCCCCCUCCAGGGCUGCCCGCCGAGUUCGCGUCCCCUCGGCCCGGUGCAGCCUGACGGAGGGGGAGUGGCCGGCUCCGCGCCGGCCGGCGCCCGGGGUGAGGCUGCCGGGGAGGGGUUGGGGGCGCCCGUGGCGCCGAGCAUCCCUGUCCCCGGCCCGGUGGCCCCCGCCCCCCGCCUGCCCGCCGCCCCCCGCCUGCCCGCCGCCCGCCGUGACCCCCGGCCGCCUCCGGAGCCCGACGCGUUCCUCACUGUUCUGCAAGUUGCCUGUUUGACCAAGUGAUGUCUGGGACUUCUUCCUGUUUUGUCCUGUCAGGCACUCAGGGUCCUGAAUUAGACUAUGUUCAGCUUCAUCUCAGCAGAUGACUGAAGGAAUGGACUAAGGGGACGUAGUAUAUGUUACCUGGAAGAUGUUCUCCCCAGAAAAGGAAUAACAACAGGGAGAGCAGGGCAUAUACUUCUCUUGUCUUGGUUGGAUGCACAAAUCUGUGUGCAGUGCUUUUUGCCCGUUGCCUAGACGAUCACUUGGUUUCUCUGAGGAUGUCUGGUUCUCGUAAAGAGUUUGAUGUGAAGCAGAUUUUGAAAAUCAGAUGGAGGUGGUUUAGCCAUCAAGCAUCAUCUAAUUCUACAGUUGACAGCCAGCAGGGAGAAUUUUGGAAUCGAGGACAGACUGGAGCAAACGGUGGGAGAAAGUUUUUAGAUCCAUGUAGCCUACAAUUGCCUUUGGCUUCAAUUGGUUACCGAAGGUCCAGCCAACUGGAUUUUCAGAAUUCACCUUCUUGGCCAAUGGCAUCCACCUCUGAAGUCCCUGCAUUUGAGUUUACAGCUGAAGAUUGUGGCGGUGCACAUUGGCUGGAUAGACCAGAAGUGGAUGAUGGCACUAGUGAAGAAGAAAAUGAAUCUGAUUCCAGUUCAUGCAGAACAUGGAAUUCUGAACUGUGGUGUUGGAAUAAUAAUAAAUAUAGACCAGCCAUCUAUAAUCAUUUGUAUAAUGGAAAGAGGGGCAUAUCUUUACAUAGGACUUCCAAUAGUAGUCAGACAUUAUCAUCCUGCCAUACUAUGGAGCCAUGUUCAUCAGAUGAAUUUUUCCAAGCCCUUAAUCAUGCUGAGCAAACAUUUAAAAAGAUGGAAAACUAUUUGAGGCAUAAACAGUUGUGUGAUGUAAUUCUAGUUGCUGGUGAUCGCAGAAUUCCAGCGCAUAGAUUGGUGCUCUCCUCUGUCUCGGAUUAUUUUGCUGCCAUGUUUACUAAUGAUGUCAGGGAAGCAAGACAAGAAGAAAUAAAAAUGGAAGGUGUUGAACCAAAUUCACUAUGGUCUUUGAUUCAGUAUGCAUAUACAGGCCGCCUUGAAUUAAAAGAAGAUAAUAUUGAGUGCCUGCUGUCUACAGCUUGCCUCCUUCAGCUUUCACAGGUUGUGGAAGCUUGCUGUAAGUUUUUGAUGAAACAGCUUCACCCAUCCAACUGUCUUGGAAUCCGUUCUUUUGCUGAUGCCCAAGGUUGUACAGAUUUGCAUAAAGUGGCUCACAAUUAUACUAUGGAGCAUUUCAUGGAAGUAAUUCGAAACCAGGAAUUUGUAUUAUUACCAGCCAGUGAAAUUGCAAAGCUUUUGGCGAGUGAUGACAUGAACAUUCCUAAUGAGGAGACAAUACUGAAUGCACUUCUUACUUGGGUUCGUCAUGAUUUGGAACAGAGACGGAAAGAUCUCAGUAAACUUUUGGCUUAUAUUAGGCUACCUCUUCUUGCACCCCAGUUCCUGGCAGACAUGGAAAAUAAUGCACUUUUUCGGGAUGAUAUAGAAUGUCAGAAACUUAUUAUGGAAGCAAUGAAGUACCAUUUAUUACCAGAGAGACGACCCAUGUUACAAAGCCCUCGGACAAAACCUAGAAAGUCAACAGUUGGAACAUUAUUUGCAGUUGGAGGAAUGGAUUCAACAAAAGGAGCAACAAGCAUUGAAAAGUAUGAUCUUCGUACAAAUAUGUGGACUCCUGUAGCAAAUAUGAAUGGGAGGAGGCUACAGUUUGGUGUUGCAGUGUUAGAUGACAAACUGUAUGUGGUUGGAGGAAGAGAUGGACUGAAGACUUUGAACACUGUAGAAUGCUACAACCCCAAAACAAAAACCUGGAGUGUGAUGCCUCCUAUGUCCACCCAUAGGCAUGGCCUUGGUGUGGCUGUAUUGGAAGGUCCCAUGUAUGCAGUAGGCGGACACGAUGGCUGGAGCUACCUGAAUACAGUGGAAAGAUGGGACCCUCAGGCUCGCCAGUGGAAUUUUGUUGCCACUAUGUCUACCCCCAGAAGCACAGUAGGUGUAGCAGUUCUAAGUGGAAAACUUUAUGCAGUUGGUGGUCGUGAUGGAAGUUCUUGCCUCAAAUCAGUAGAAUGUUUUGAUCCUCAUACUAAUAAAUGGACACUCUGUGCACAAAUGUCCAAAAGGAGAGGGGGAGUAGGAGUAACUACCUGGAAUGGAUUGCUGUAUGCUAUUGGAGGACACGAUGCUCCUGCAUCCAACUUGACUUCCAGACUCUCAGACUGUGUGGAGAGAUAUGAUCCCAAAACAGAUAUGUGGACUGCAGUGGCAUCUAUGAGCAUCAGCAGAGAUGCAGUGGGGGUCUGUUUACUUGGUGAUAAAUUAUAUGCCGUUGGAGGCUAUGAUGGACAAACUUAUCUUAAUACAGUGGAGGCUUAUGAUCCCCAGACAAAUGAGUGGACCCAGGUUGCUCCACUGUGCCUAGGAAGAGCUGGGGCUUGCGUUGUAACUGUCAAAUUAUAACAUAAUGCUUUGUUUUCUAAAUGAAGAUAUUGUCUUCCUUAUGAAUUUAGUAAAAUUAUUCUACUACCAAUGGAUACAUUUUUAGUAAAUUUGUAAUGCCACAUUCCUGGGCACAGGGUGCCCAAUCUCAAAGUGAAGAUGGUAAAACAAGGGAGGAACAAGUGGAUGAACCAGGAUUAAAUCCUCCAUUUCUUAGGAAUUAUUUCUCAGCAAAUCAAAACUACAGCUGGUGGAUUGUGAACAUAUGUUCCUGAUGUAACAUAUGAGGACAAAUGCAUUGUUCCUAAAUGCAAUGUGGUAUUAGCUGGGAAUUUCAUUUAUUAAUAAUCAAUCACAUUUUACUCAUGUUAUCCAGAUUUCUUUUACUACAGUGCACAUACACCAGAUGACACUUUUAAUGUUUGCUUUGUAACUUUAUCAUACAUUAGUUGCAGUAAUUUUUAUUCGUUGUUUAACUGCAACUACAACUUUAAUGACAUACUAAACACUAUGCUAAUAUUUAGUUUUUUCAGAAAUAGCUGCAUUAUAUACACUUUGUGGAUUUUAUUUCUAAAUUGACUUAGUCUAAUGAAUGAAGAAAAAUGAGAGUUAAAACAAUAAUGACCAGUUGAAAACAAAAUGAUCUUUGAGGUCUUUUAAAAUAUUCACCCAGUUAUAUUUAGGAUUCCUAAGAGCUACGUGUUAUGAUAUUCUCAAAUUAGAAUUGAAACAUGGAAGAAAAAAAAAAGAAACAUGGUGUUUUGCAUUAAAUUUAAGAUAUGCAAAUUUAUGUAGAGUAAAUAAAUGUUAUAUACCCUAUAAUGUUCUUUUGCCUAAGUAAUACUUAAUUAUAUGGAUUUGUUUUCCUUUAUAUUAUAAAAGAUGUCUUGAUUUUGUCUUUUGAUAUUAACAAAACUCUUCAGAUAUUCUUAUGUUCUCAUGUCUGGAUUUGCCUCCCUUGCUUUGUUUCUCACAUUUUGCUGCUGUUAGUAACCUUUUGUGCUUCUUUGUAAUCAAACAGUUUGAGGGGAAUGGGUUUAUUGAAUUUUGAAAAAUAAGUUUAAAGUGUUUAUUACCCAAAGUUUUGUACAUUUGUAAACGCCAAUUAUACAUGUGAAUGUUAAUACUCUCAGUGAAUUGUUUAUUGUCUGCAAAAAACUCAUUGGGCAGUAACAUUUUAUGAUAAAGCCUUUAAGAUAUUAAAGUCAUUAACUUAUGUCUUACUAUAAAAA